UUUCGUCUCGAGCUUCGGAGCGGAGCGGACGCUUCUGCUGCUGCUGCUGUUCCUCAGAGACGAUGGCCGCCCUGGUGAGCUGACCCGCGCCUCCCGCCAUCUCCCCUUCCUCCCCCCCUUGGAUCCCCUCAGCCCUCCGAAGAACAGCCUGAGAGGGAAGAAGACGCCGCCACCGCCGCCAUGAAGGUCAUCAUCGGCAUCGGAGGGAUCACCAACGGCGGGAAGACCACCGUGACUAACAAACUCAUGCAGGCGCUGCCCAACUGCAGUGUUGUGCAUCAAGACAACUUCUUUAAGCCCCAGGAUGAGAUAGAGGUGGAAGAUGGAUUUAAACAGUACGAUGUGAUCAGCGCUUUGGAUAUGGAUGCCAUGAUGAGUACCAUCAAUGCUUGGAAGAAAAACCCAGUCAAAUUUGAACGCUCGCAUGGCAUUAACACGCUCGAUACCAGAACUAUAGAGGACUCGGGAGAGAACGACGACAGCAUCCAUAUCCUUAUUGUGGAAGGAUUCUUACUUUAUACUUACAGGCCUUUGAUCGAUGUCUUUGACGUCCGGUACUUUCUUUCAAUUCCCUAUGACGAAUGCAAGAAGAGGAGAAGUUCAAGGAAUUACACUGUUCCAGAUCCCCCUGGCUUGUUCGAUGGUCAUGUCUGGCCCAUGUACGUCAAGCACAAGAAAGUAAUGGAAGAUCUUAACGUUGAUGCAGUUCAUUUGGAUGGGACAAAAUCCAGGGAGGAGCUCUUCAAUGAAAUCUAUGGGCAUAUCCAGAACAACAUAGAAGAACAGAUGAAGAUGCUGAAUUAAAGAAGAGGCUGGUGGAUUCUUGUGAAGAUAUUUGUUCCGUAACUUAUUAUUUUUUUACACAUGCCUGGAUUGGCAGUAAAGUUCCAACUUCUGUGAAGAUUCUUUUUUUCUUGACGUUGGUCUUGAAAAAUGUAAUCUUGAUUAAAAAUCGUUUUUAACAUC